AUGAAAUUUUUCCAGAACAUCUAUCGUUGGGAUAAUGAUACUAAGAUAAGUAUCUCUAUUGUUCUUAUUGGUUUUAUAAUGACUUUAUUUAUUUCAUUUGUUGAUUUAUUUACUCUAUACCCACAAUUUAAUUUUUCUUGGAUUUAUCUUUUUUACAUAGUUCUUUGGUUUCUGUCAUUUGUUUGCUAUUACAAGUGUGUGACAACAAGUACUGAAGUCCCAGAAAAUAUUAAAAUGGACAUUUCAACAUAUCCUGCAUGUUCCAAAUGUGGGUUAGGUAAACCAGAACGAGCACACCAUUGUUCAAAAUGUAAUUCUUGUAUAUUAGAAAUGGACCAUCAUUGUAAUUACAUAGGAAACUGUGUUGGAUUUGCUAAUAAGAAAUAUUUUUUAUUACUUCUCUUUUAUGUCACAUUAAUGAUACUUUUUAUUCUCUUAGUCAAUACUCCAUUAGCAAUUUAUGCUUUCUUUUAUCCAUUGAGAAAUCCAUUUUAUCAUUGUGUAUUUCGAUUAUUUGAUUUGAUUCAUUGUAUUCUUAGUGUUUAUGGAUUUACCCUCAUAGCACCUACAGCUCAUGUAGUGGUAAAAGGCUUGUUUUGCAAUUAUACAACUAUUGAAUUUAUCGUAAAAGGAGAUAUGGGGUGGGUAAGUUCUUCUGAGUCAAGAAAGAAAAAUAAAUACGACCUUGGUACAUUGAGAAAUAUUCAACAAAUCUUUGGAAUUGGACUUCUUCAGGCGUUAUUACCAAUUCCAUCAAAUACCACUUGUAAUGGGAUUAAUUUCGAAACUAAUGGAGAAUAUAAUGAGGCAUUAGAAAACCAGUAUAAUGAGUAUUAUGAAGAUUAUUAG